AUAAAUUAUCUCGCUCACAUGUACACGGAGACGCACACUGGUGCAGGAUGGUGUUAAAGGUUGUGGUGACGUGUGUGGUGGUGCUUGGUGUGGUGGUGACUCCGGAAUCCACAAUCAGAGAGUCACAGCCUAAGGAGUGGCCUUGCCCUGGCAGUACGGAGAUCUCACCUUGCAUAUGUACAGCUGAUCCCCACUUUGAUAUGAGUCUGGAUUGUUCCCUAGUGAAGAGCAAUGACGAAUUAGCCAGAGUGUUUAGUUCCGUGUUUCCCUUCGGUGAAUUUGUGGAGCUCACGAUUCAGCAGAAUCCCAGUGAUCCGGAGUAUAAUCUAAACGCACUUGAGCCGAAUAUAUUCAUUGGACUUUCUUUUGAGAGAAUCAUCAUCACAGGAACUAAGCUGACAGCCAUAGAGGAGAAUACUUUCAGCGACUCUUACAAAUUCCUCAGCUAUCUCAACCUCUCAGACAAUAAAAUAACAUAUUUCCCAUUUCAAACUCUUCUAAUGUAUACAGAGCUUCAGACGCUGAUACUUGACGAUAACCAGAUUGAUGUCCUGCCAUCAAUCCAGUCUGACUCGCUGGAAAUUCUCAGCAUCAGUGGCAAUGAAGAAAUACAACUCACUGACUUCCUUGGUACACCAGCGUUACGGGAAAUAUAUUUGGCACGAAAUAAACUGGAAGAACUUCCAUUUAAAUGGGUUUGGGAUCUGCUACACCUUACCGUAGUGGACCUGGAGGGAAAUGAGAUUGCAUUUCUGGAUGAAUAUUACAUCGCCUCUCAGAGCAACGCUUUAGCCACCAUCAAUCUGGACUACAACAAAAUUACAGGCAUUAGCUACGACGCUUUUCAAGGGUUGCUUCCUGAUGCUGUAGUCUCAAUGAGGAACAACACAGUAGUUGAACUGGACGAGGACUCAUGGAGUCACCUAUUUGAUCAGCUUGUACCUACGGGAACUCUUGACCUAGCAGGCAACCCUCUGAGGUGUGGCUGCGACAUGGCCUGGAUCUUAUUUUCACCCCAGCAAACAGAUCUCAGCAUCUUCACCAACACUACCACCUGUAAGAGUGGCGGUCAAGUCAUCCACCUUGACGUCCAACUCUUCUGUGAUUUAUGUCUACCUAAUAACUGCUCGGAGUUAUAAUUUUCAGAGUAUGUUUUGCAGAAGCUAUGUCUCCUUGAUCAAUCAUCAGUAAAAAGUUCCUUCCAUC